GGGAGCAGCACCAGGGCCAGGGAGACAAUGGUCUCAGUGACUAUGGCCACUUCCGAGUGGAUCCAGUUCUUUAAGGAAGCCGGCAUUCCUCCCGGGCCUGCUGUCAAUUACGCGGUGAUGUUUGUGGAUAAUAGGAUCCAGAAGAGCAUGCUGCUGGAUCUCAACAAAGAGAUCAUGAAUGAGCUGGGCGUGACUGUGGUGGGCGACAUCAUCGCCAUCCUCAAGCAUGCCAAGGUGGUGCACCGCCAGGACAUGUGCAAAGCCGCCACUGAGUCCGUGCCCUGCAGCCCCAGCCCCCUCCCAGGCGAGAUUCGCCGAGGCACCUCUACUGCCUCUCGAAUGAUUGCUAACAGUCUGAACCGUGACUCCCCACCCGGCACUCCACCGAGGCGGCCGGACACCAGCACCUCCAAGAUCUCAGUCACCGUGUCCAACAAGAUGGCAGCGAAGACUGCCAAGGCUGCCGCAGCCCUGGCCCGCCGCGAAGAGGAGAGCCUGGCCGUUCCCACCAAGCGGCGCCGGGUCACUGCCGAGAUGGAGGGGAAAUACAUCAUCAACAUGCCCAAAGGCACCACCCCCCGGACCCGUAAGAUCCUGGAGCAGCAGCAGGCGGCAAAAGGUCUCCACAGGACGUCCGUGUUCGACCGCCUCGGCGCCGAGACCAAGGCAGACACGACAACAGGGAAUAAACCCACAGGAGUCUUCAGCCGCCUGGGGGCCACCCCAGAGAUGGACGAGGAUCUGGCUUGGGACAGCGACAAUGACAGCAGCAGCUCUGUCCUGCAGUAUGCCGGGGUCCUGAAGAAGCUGGGCCGGGGCCCAGCCAAGUCCAGUCCCCAGCCAGCACUGACUGUCAAAGCUAAGGCCACAAGUUCAGCCACAACGGCUGCCACCCCAACACUGCGGCGUCUGGCCCUUUCCUCACGCCCUGGACUCGAGAGGAAGCCAGAGUCCCUGUCCAAAGGCAGCAUCAUCCAGAGACUGGGCAAGGCUGCCCUUGUGCCUGAGGCCCAGGACAGCCAGGUCACGAGCACCAAGAGUAAGUCCUCAGCCGAGGUCAAGGUCACCAUUAAGAGGACUCUGGUGGGGCCCCGGGGGAACAGCUCCAGCGAGGGCCUGGGUGCCCAGAUGGACCAUGCGGGCACAGUGAGCGUGUUCAAAAGACUGGGCCGCAGGACCUUCUAG